GCACAGCUGGAGCUUCCGCGCCAAUGUGGGCGUGAUUGUACGCACAAUUCAAUCUGCUCCACUGCGAGCAUGCCGUUCAAAUGAACGUAACUUUGAAGUUAAACGUAAGAAACAACACACAAAUUGGGCUUUGAAAAGAGCCCGUUAAGUGGCCUUUCAAGCGCCGGACUCUCAAUUGCAAGUAGUGCAGCUGGUGGUGGGUCGAACAUGCAUGGCUAGAAAUGGUCGUCCGAUGCCGCUCAAAUGCCUUCGUUUUGUUGGCUGGAAUUGAAUUAAAAUGCAACAUUUUUGAGAGAGGACAACUGUAGACAGAGAAAGGGAAGCGAUUAAUUCCUAUGCCAGAUUUGUUAGGAACAGUUGAGCUCCAUCCUAAGUCAUAUUCGAGGAAUUCAUCAGAGGUGAAAGAAAAAGGAAGCCGACAAGUAUGAUGCAGAUGUGUUACAGCUACAAGCGACCUGCUCCCAAACCCAGAUGAUGAUGUGACAGCAUUUAUAAAUAUUAGCCUAAAGGCAUCACAACGAUACAACAUUGACGGGAGGAAAGCAAGCGGGGGCGGUGUCAGUAAGAGUUCAUAACCCGUUAGUACAAGGGAUUGAGUGUAGAGAGGGAGAGUUAGUUGAGGCCAGUCGCACUGCCUGGCAGUAGAUGUGGAACUGUCGCAAUAAUUAUGACGUCUCAGAAGGAGAACAUACCUGGACCGGGAGACGGCUCGGAUAUCGUUAAAAGUGGCUACUUAAAGAAAUUAAAGACAAUGAGGAAGAAGUUCUUUGUACUCCGCUGUGAGAGCAGCACGGGCCCCGCCCGUCUGGAGUACUUUGACAGCGAGAAGAAAUUCCGCAUCGGCUCCCUCUCCAAGCGAACUAUCGACCUCAAGACGUGUUUCAACAUCAAUAAGAAGUCGGACUCGAAGCACAAGCACGCCAUUGCGUUGUACACGAGAGAUGAUUGCUUCCCCAUCGUUGCUGACGAUGAGAACGCACUCAAUGAAUGGCUGCAGGCGUUGUUGCUACAGCAACAGGUUGAUGCUGAUGGUGUGCCUGUGCCUACAUUUGAGCAUGUAUGGCAAGUGACGGUCAAGCCGAAAGGUCUGGGCUCAAGUAAAGGUCUGAGUGGGAACUAUCGGCUCUGCUUAACGACCACUACCAUCAAUCUUGUCAAGAUGAACUGUGAAGAUGAAGAUUUGGAAUUCUCACUUUCAGCCAUAAGGAGGUGUGGACAUUCGGACUGCUUUUUCUUCAUGGAGGUCGGGAGACAGUCGAUGACAGGGGCAGGGGAGAUCUGGAUGCAGGUGGAGGAUACAGUGAUCGCACAGAAUAUUCAUGAAGCAUCAUUGAAUGCAAUGCGCUCAAUCAGCCAGCAAGAGGAAGAGAUGCGCCCUCGCAGUCAGAGCAGCGGGAACACCUCAGAGAUGAAACCCAACUCAUCCCGUCGUCAAGUAUCCACCCUGGGUCCAUCAUGGCGCACCCGCUGCGAGAGUAUGCCGGCACAAAACCGACCGAGAACGAACCGUUCUAGACUAGGAAGUGGGAGUGAGGAGAGUCUACAGGAAGAGCCCAGUCCAACAAGUGGACCACCUCCGUCGUCUUCCAUCUCGGCGGCCGUCAUACGCCCACGAACCCAGAGCGAAGGAGAAGGAAACCAUAUUGCCAGGAUGGGUGGAUCAAGCUUGCUUAAGUAUGGUAUCAAAUCACGUCCCCGGACUGCCAGCGAAGGAGAAUCCCACUUUCGUAGUGGGCGAACCCCGGAAAGUCCAACAAAGACGCGAGGGCGCUUUGCCAUGGCACAGCGGACGAGCUCGGGGAACCUAAGACCCGCCAACAUGCAUCGCGUCAACCAACCCAUUUCCAACUCGCCACCCAUACCAAACAGUCCUCUGAGUGAAAGUCCCCUCAGUGUUCCCGACGACCGUUAUGUUUCUUAUCCCCAGACUAUGCAUGCCUCUGACCCCAAUCUGUCCGAUGAUUAUCCCAGCUAUGGGACCAGCCCCAGUGAUCAUCUCCUUGCUAGAUUUUCCGGAUCUGGCCGGAGUCGGACACCAGAUUCCCCAACAAGGACCCCAAUCAGAGAAGAAAGUAUAGAGUUUACUGAUGAGUAUAUGAACAUGACACCUUCUGCAGCUACCAAAGCCGUCUUGACCGUACACAUUCCCACCCGUCCUCCAUUACACCAUCACAUGAUCAACACUAGAGGGCGCUCUUCACCAUCAUCAGAAAAUGACUACGUGACUUUGCAGCCGGUCCAAUGCACGUUAACGCCACCGUCACCACCAUCCAGUAGGGGCCGGUCACCGUCUCCGUCCAAGCACAUACCACCCCCGGCACCACCGGAUGAAGACCAGUCCUACAUGUCGAUGACCCCAAUGACUAGGGGAUCCCGGGGGUCGUCUGGCUAUGCUUCGCAUACCCAGAAUGCACCACAGUUGGCUCAGAGGUCGGCCAGCGUAAGUGGUCGCAUGAUGACGGUACCUCAGAGCAGCGAGGAUGAAGGAUACAUGAUGAUGGCACCGAGAGGAGCACCUAAUAAGAAGAGAGGCAGUACUGGGAGUCGAGAUGCUCUGAAGACCCCAACGAGCAUGGUGGACCAGCCUUACACUAUGAUGCAACCAGUCCCCAAGCACCAUGGCAACAGUACAGCGCCCGACGGAAACGCUGCUAAACCCACCGGGAACAGUCUCGCCAAGUCAAGAGGAAGCGGCUCAACAUCAUCCGGCAUCAACAAGGCGGUAGAGCCGAAGAUGAAGCCCAGCGAAAUCCUCGUCAGAAGUUUAUCGGAUUCCAAGGAGCCUAUCGUCGACACUUAUAUGACCAUGGAGUUUCAGCCGAAAAACAGUAUCCCUAAAUCCCCUAUUCCUAAACCUGAUGUCAAUGUUAACAGCUCGAUGCUGGAUGACAUCGAUGAAGGUAAUGAUCAAUUGACUGCUUAUGACAAUGCGGCAUUACCGGAAGCGCUUGUGAUACCCAAACCUCCUGAAAGCGAUUACACUUUUAUGGUCCCCUCCUCCAGACCAGCAAAUCCAGGUAAGGAAGCUGACAGAGGAAGCCAGUCGGCGGUAGAGAGUCUACUCAAAGGGUUGCAGAAGGCAGAGUCGUCAUCCAAGAGUGAGUACAUGAACGUGGAGUUCAGCCCCAAAGGAGGACCAGUAGAUGUCCCCCCUCGACCCAUGCCUCCACUACCCAUCCCGGUGCCUCAAUGUAAGAGAGACGGGGCUGACUACAUGAACGUGGAGACGGGGCAGAACGUCAAGCCACAUAGAAACACCAGCCCACAGUCUCCGCCAUCCCCUCAGCCACCUCAAUGGUCUAAGACCUCCCCGGCAUUAACUCGCUCUAAUGUGUUGCCACAAAGAAAUCCUAGCACACCCCCUUCGCAGUCCCCUAAACUAUCAGGAGGGGUGCCUGGCCGCCGUGCAGCUGAUUUGAAGUACUGCAUGGACGAACUAAGUCUGAAUGAUACGGGUUCCGGGCUGUCGUCCCGUGGCAGUGCCAACUCUCUGACGGCACUUCAGUCUGGGAGUAAGAGCUGCGAGCCCAGUCCAGGUCCACCAUCCCGCCACUCCUCUUGCCGUUCCAGCCAAACCUCAUUGGCGGACAAGGAAUUGAAUUACAUUGAUGUGGAUAUCGGGCAACCGGACGCGAACAAUGUUCCCGUUCCGCUGGAGCGACGGGCGAGAUCGCCUUUCACCCGGAGGGCAGCUGAGGAAGAGAAACCAGUGGAGGCGACAAAUUACGCCACCAUCGACUUCACAAAGUCAGAAGGCUUACGCACAGCCACGUCAACACGAGAAAAUAGACCAGUGUAGAUGUUUGCUUUUUAUUCCUCACUUAUGUAAAAGCUAUUCAUUGUUUUAUCUGUUUUAGUGUUUAAUAAAGUUUCAUUUUUGUUGUUUUAAAUUUGUUACAGGAUACUCGUGCAGAAAAUUUGUUUUCUAUGUACAUUUUACAUAGUGAAUGAUUUGUUUCCAUACUUUAAAGACACUUUUUACUGUUCGUAUGUCGAAGCGUUUUCUAUUGCUCUUUUUUUCUUAUAUUUUUUUCUCUUCUUCGUUCAAGCUUUACAAGCGAUGUUUUUCUUAGGAGCAAGUGAACUACACUUGCAGUUUGAUCUGCAGACGAUUUCACGAAAUGCUAGGAUUAAUCUUUGAGUUAGGAUGGGUAACUCGUUCUAAGGACAAGUAACUACGUAGUCCUAACUUACAAUGGGUUAAGUUCAUCCUAACGUCUAUUGAUACGAAACUUAACUCGCCCUCAAGGCCUAAGAUUCACCUAGGUUAGGAAGAGUUUGGUGAAAGUGACGGCUGUACUGGUUUCAUAAUAACUUCAAUAAUCAUAAAUAAGAUUGGCCUAAACUUAAGAGCGAAGAAAGUUUGUGUAUGUCUUGUUUGUGUUUGUGAUAGUGCUUGUACUAUCUUGCCCACUCCUUCUGAAUGUAAGUUUCAUUUGAAUGCUAUGAACCGUUCGGCAUUAAACAAAAAUGUUUUCCCCCUGAAGUUGUGAAGUUAUUCAGGUUGUAAUAUUACUUGACAUUUGAAAAAUUUAAUUUUCAUAAAAAAAAAUGUACUUGAAAAAAUAAAAAAAAGUGAAUGAGAUAUUGUACUGUUUAAAAACAAUUAAGUUUUUAAAACAAACUAUUAUCACAGACAGUUGAAGUUAAACUGUUAAUAGUUACAAUAUCUGGGUGUCUUACAAGGUGUUUUGAUCAUGUUAUACUUUAUGGAAAACUAAUUCUCCUUCAAAACUGUCAGUUUUGUUUGUACUUUGAACCUAUUAUAGGUUUUAAGAAAAAGUUGAUGUUGGUCUUGUUUUUUAAAAGGCCAAGUGUUCCUUUGGUUUUUUAAACUGUUUGAUUAAUUCAGUUCUACGUAAAUAAAGAUUUAUAAUAAAACUAUCCCAUGAAAAUUUCAUUCCAAAAGGAAAAGGUGGUCAUCCAUGUUUUUUUAGAUAAGUUCGUAAAAAUCUGGAGUGAAUAUUUUCAUCCAGGAAUAAUUAUCCCUAAUGUGAAUUCACAGUCUGUGAGUGUGAGGAGCGUUUCCGUGGAAAUGACCCUUAUAUUAUUAACUUUUUGUGGAUAAAAAGUGAUAAUUUUUUCUUGAACAGCACUACUUUGAAUUCUAGUAUCCCACAAAAGUCAUUAUACUAUCCAAAGAUUCAGUACUUAUUGUGACUUAAGAUUGUAAUGCUAAUUAAUUUUCGGAGUCAUUACCAAAUGUAUUCAGACACUUUAAAGAAAGUUUUCAGUUAGUUAGUAGAAUCGAUCCCAAACUGCUCCUUUUUUUUCACAGAAUAAACUUCAAGAUUACUGUGUUCAUUUGACGUUCUGAAGGUACUUGAUGUUCCAACAAACUUCGAUCUUGUGCACUGGUGUUUUUUGUAUGCAAGUCACCAGAAACACAAGGCAUGGGCCUUUAGGGUGUAGGCCACAAAUGAACUAUUUUCCCAGGUGACAUUGUCACCUACUCCUGGGGCUGAAACGGGGUAAUACCCCUAUCACAGUACAUGUGGAUGUUGGCUUGGGUAUCAUCCAUCAGAAGCCUGGCUGGUAGAGCAAAAAGCACUACCUCCCCAAUUUUACUAAGCA